UUUGUUUUACGAGGGGUCCAAGAGUUUUGACGGUGUAUGAUGAAUCUAUGUAAUUUAGUUUUAUCAAUGUUCUCUUAUAAAAUGUGAUCAAUUAAUAAUUAAUUUUGUUGGAGAUUGUGACCUGGGAUAAUCAUAAACUUCUGUAGGUGCUAAUUUUUUUAUUAUCCUACCUUUAACCUACUAUAAUAAUGGCAAGUGGACAGAGAGAAAAUAAUUUUAUUCAGUUAUUGUAGAUAAUAUAUUUAAAAAAUGAAAUUGUAAAAUGAAUAUUUAGUCCAUCCCUGGACUUCUUCCGAAAUGUAUUUACCAUUGAUAACUUUUGAACUUAGAUUAAGAAACAUUAUAAGUCGGAGAUAUAAACAGUUUCAUCAUUUUAGUGAUCUUACGAAAAUGGCUUCUGCAAAAGUGCUCUCAGGAAAACAAAUUGCCAGCGAAAUUACUGAGAAUCUCAGAAUUGCUGUCAACGAAGUUCGAGAAAAACUACCAAACUUUGAACCUGGACUGGCAAUCUUGCAAGUAGGAGACCGUGAAGACUCCAAUGUAUAUAUUCGUCAAAAAAUUUUAAAUGCUUCGAAAAUUGGAAUUAAAGCCGAACACAUCAAAUUACCUACAAGCGUCACAGAAAGAGAGGUUUUAAAUAGGCUCGAAGAAUUAAACAACAAUCCUAAUGUCCAUGGAAUUAUUGUGCAGAUGCCACUUCAGUCUGAUAACAAAAUUAAUUCAAAUUUAGUAACUGAUUCGGUAUCACCAGCAAAAGAUGUUGAUGGAUUAAAUACUAUUAACGAAGGACGGGUGGCCAUUGGUGAGUUGAAUUGUUUCCUGCCUUGUACUCCUCAUGGUGUUAUUGAACUAAUAAAGAGAAGCGGAGUACUUAUUGCAGGAGCCAAUGCUGUAGUUCUAGGAAGAAGUAAAAUUGUCGGCACCCCAACGGCAGAACUACUCAAAUGGAAUCACGCUACAGUUACUGUUUGUCAUUCCAAAACUAAAGAUUUGAAAGAGCAGUGUCGAAAAGCAGAUAUUUUAGUCGUUGCUAUUGGACAACCUGAGCUUGUUAAAGGAGAUUGGAUAAAACCAGGUGCUGUUGUUAUUGACUGCGGCAUCUCUGCUAUUCCAGAUUCGACAAAGAAAACUGGCCAGCGACUUGUUGGUGAUGUAGCUUAUGAAGAGGCUAGCAAAGUUGCUUCCUACAUUACUCCUGUACCAGGUGGUGUUGGACCAAUGACAGUAGCUAUGCUUAUGAAGAAUACUGUGGAAAGUGCCCAGAGAGCAGCACAAAAGAUACUAAGCAAAUCUUGGAAUUUAAGUAUUCUUCCACUGAAAUUACAGACGCCAGUUCCAAGUGACAUUGUCAUAGCUAGAGCUCAAACACCCAAAAACAUCGCAGUACUUGCUGAAGAAAUAGGAUUGUCCCCUUCCGAAUUUUCUCAAUAUGGAAACAAAAAAGCUAAAAUUUCUUUAUCUGUGUUAAAUAGAUUAAAAGACCAAAAGAAUGGGAAAUACAUAGUUGUUGCAGGAAUGACUCCCACUCCAUUAGGAGAAGGAAAAAGUACUACUUUAUUAGGAUUAGUUCAAGCAUUAUCAACUCAUCUCAAAAAGAAUGUUUUUGCAACAAUGAGACAACCUUCCCAAGGUCCAACAUUUGGUAUUAAAGGUGGUGCUGCUGGCGGGGGAUAUUCGCAAGUUAUCCCAAUGGAAGAUGUUAAUCUUCAUUUAACAGGAGAUAUCCAUGCUAUUACAGCUGCAAAUAACUUAUUAGCGGCCCAGUUAGAUGCUAGAAUUUUCCAUGAAGCUACCCAAAAAGAUCAAGCGCUCUACAGCCGUCUUGUCCCCAAAAUCAAAGGUGUCCGAAAAUUCUCCAACAUUCAACUCAGGAGAUUGAAGAAAGUUGGCAUCAACAAGACUGAUCCAGAUACUCUUACCAAUGAGGAAAUUACUAAGUUUGCAAGAUUAAACAUCGAUAGCAAAAAUAUCGUUUGGAGUAGAGUGAUGGAUAUCAACGACAGAUAUUUACGUGAAAUAACUAUUGGCGAAUCGCCAACAGAAAAAGGGUUAUCCAGAAAAGAAGGUUUUCAAAUAAGUGUCGCCAGUGAAAUAAUGGCUAUUCUAGCCUUAGCUAAAAAUUUAGGCGAUUUUAAAGAAAGAUUAGCAAAGAUGGUAGUAGCUUUCGAUACAUCCAACAACCCAGUAACAGCUGACGAUAUUGGAAUUACAGGGGCCUUAAUGGUACUCCUUAAGGACACGAUAGAACCAACAUUGCUACAAACAUUAGAAGGGUCUCCGGUCUUUCUGCAUGCUGGACCUUUCGCAAACAUUGCCCACGGAUCCAACUCAAUUAUUGCUGAUAAAAUUGGUUUGAAAUUAGUUGGUGAAGAAGGGUUCCUGAUAACUGAAGCAGGUUUUUCAUCUGAUAUUGGUAUGGAGAAAUUCUUUAAUAUUAAAUGUAGAGCUUCAGGAGAUGUGCCAAGUGCUGUAACCCUAGUAACUACUAUAAGAGCACUAAAAAUGCAUGGUGGCGGGCCACCAGUAACACCAGGUGCACCAAUACCACAUGAAUAUACAGAAGAAAACAUAGAAUUAGUGCGAAAAGGACUUCCAAAUAUACUUAAACAUAUUAGUAAUGCUGUUAAAUUCGGUAUUCCUGUUGUUGUAGCCAUUAAUCAUCGUGAAACCGAUACUGAUGCCGAAGUAGAACUCGUAAGACAGACCUGCAAGAAUUCUGGAGCUUUUGAUGCUGUAGUUUCAAAACAUUGGUCUCUAGGAGGUACCGGAGCAAUCGAAUUAGCUAAGGCUGUUGUUGCCGCUACCGAAUCGCCUAGUAAUUUCAAGUUUUUGUAUGAAUUAAAACGGCCAAUAAAGGAGAAAAUUGAAAUUAUAAGUAAAGAAAUGUACGGCGCAGGAAAUGUUUCCUACACCGAGUUAGCUGAAAAAAAAAUAAGAGAAUACGAAGAACAGGGAUUCGGUGACCUUCCAAUAUGUAUGGCAAAGACUCCAUUGUCUUUAACUGCAGAUCCAUCAAUCAAGGGUGCUCCAACUGGUUUUACAAUUCCCGUCAAAGAUAUGUAUAUAUCUGUGGGAGCAGAAUUUAUCAUUCCUAUGACUGGAGAUAUUACCAGAAUGCCCGGUUUACCUACAAGACCUGCGAUUUAUGAUAUAGAUUUAAAUAUCGAGACUGGAGAAAUUGAAGGUCUAUUUUAAAAACGCUAAGAUCUGAAUGAAUA